GAAGGCAAGGCGACUGAAGGAGAAGUUACCAGUUAGUGACACUAAUUGAACCAGGGAGAUUUGGCUUGGCUCACUUUUAAAAGGGGAGUGGCUUAAUCUGGAGGACUGUGCAAAUCGCUUCACCUUGCUUUGCGAAAAAAGACCUCUCCUGCUGUUUGGGGGGCCAGCACAAGAGUCGGAGUCGACGUGGGUGGGGUUUGCGCUGCCUGCCUUGAUCCCUGACGCAGUGGGGUGACACAUCAUGUGUCAGAUAGACCCCAGGUGGUUGAAGGAUGCCCCUGGAAGGAUCUACUAGACACGGAAAGCCUCAAACUUUUGCCAAAGGUGAAAGAGAAGCCGUCGAGAACUGUGUUGACGAUUCCUUUCAAGAGACUUGGUUCCAGUUGCCCAACGGCUGAGAAGACCCUCGGGAGAAGGCCCGUCUGGGCGGAGAGAGCAGCGAGAAGGCCGGGCCGGGGGCUCAUUUCUGCACGGGGCCGUUUGGAAACGAGAGCCACUGUUUGUGGCCAGCAAUGGAGCACCCUUACAGAGACUAGUUGGCUGUUUUUCAUUUCUGACGGGGUCAGUCUUUUAAAGAUGGCAUAGAUCUCGAGAAAACCGAAGAGGAGAACCGCCGGUGUUGACUCAGAAAGACUGGGAGCAACGGAGCAAGUUCAAAAUGUGAAGGCUGUGAAUUGUCAACGUAAGAAAAAAAGGCUUUGUACGAUCGCUUCCUCCCCCCCUUGUGCGCACACACUCUUUCAAAAGAGACACUAUAGUAUUGAAACAAGGUGCUGGAUUUGCGUAGGACCUUCUUGGCUGAACAGAAAAGUUCUCAUAUGCUUUUUGGGUUGUUGUUGUUGGUUUUUUUUUUAAUUUUUAAAUUAAACUGUUUGUACAAUCUUCUGGAAAAACAUAUGAACUUACCUCCAUUGAACUUUCUGUUCCUCCCCUCCAAAAAAUAAAACAAAUCUAAAUUUUAAAAAGUUGGGAGUAAAAGGGAGCCUCGGAUACGUCAGGAACUAGAUUAAUAACUCUUCGGUGCACGCUUUGGCUUGGGAAGGUUUUUUUAAAAUUCCAAAAUGGAUCUGGAACCCCAGCAACUGGGCAUGUUUGUGGAAAGCGAGUUGAUGUCAGUGGGCAUGGACACCUUUAUCCACCGCAUCGACUCCACGGAAGUGAUCUACCAGCCUCGGCGGAAAAGAGCCAAGCUCAUUGGGAAGUACCUGAUGGGGGAUUUGCUCGGGGAAGGCUCUUACGGCAAAGUCAAGGAGAUGCUGGACUCUGAAACCCUCUGCAGGAGAGCCGUCAAGAUCCUGAAGAAGAAGAAGCUGCGGCGGAUCCCCAAUGGAGAAGCGAAUGUCAAAAAGGAAAUACAACUUCUACGGCGGCUGCGGCACAAAAAUGUCAUACAGCUGGUCGAUGUACUGUACAAUGAGGAGAAACAGAAGAUGUAUAUGGUGAUGGAGUACUGCGUUUGUGGGAUGCAGGAGAUGUUAGACAGCGUCCCAGAGAAAAAGUUUCCCGUUUUUCAAGCACAUGAGUAUUUUUGCCAGCUGAUGGACGGCUUGGAGUACCUCCACAGCCAAGGCAUCGUCCACAAGGACAUCAAGCCAGGAAACCUGCUGCUAACCACCAACGGGACGCUGAAAAUAUCGGACCUGGGCGUGGCGGAGGCGUUGCACCCGUUCGCGGAGGACGACAUGUGCCGGACAAGCCAGGGGUCCCCUGCUUUCCAACCGCCGGAAAUUGCGAACGGCCUGGACACCUUUUCUGGCUUCAAAGUGGAUAUUUGGUCUGCGGGCGUCACCCUGUACAACAUUACGACUGGUCUGUAUCCCUUUGAGGGCGACAAUAUUUAUAAGUUAUUUGAGAACAUCGGGAAGGGGGACUACACGAUUCCCGAAGACUGUGGGCCUCCACUUUCGGAUCUGCUAAGAGGAAUGCUUGAAUAUGACCCCGCCAAGAGGUUUUCAAUACAACAGAUAAGGCACCACAACUGGUUUCGGAAGAAACACGCCCAAACCGAUCCCCCGGUCCCGAUCCCGCCGAGCCCAGAGACGAAGGACAGGUGGAGGAGCAUGACAGUGGUGCCUUACCUUGAGGACCUGCACGGCUACAGCGAGGAAGAGGAUGAGGACUUGAAGGAUGAUUACCUGGAGGACGAGGUCAUAUAUACUCAGGACUUCACAGUGCCAGGCGAAGGCCAGGCAGGGCUUAGCGAGGCGGAGAGCGCAGUGGACGACGGCGUGCUUGCGUUCCUGUUCGGCGAGGAAGGAAGGAGGAGCGUGGAGCUUAGCUUAGAUGGAGGAGGACAGAGAGACCAGGAAGACGAAGAGGAAGAGUGCGAGCUCGUGGCUCUUUCUGCGUCGAGCUGCUGCUGAAUGCUGCACAGGGGCCCCCAUGGCCCCGCAAGGGGAGGGAGACGAAGGUCUAAUGGGGGUCAUCCCUCCCCAGCUGCUUUGUUUUCUCACUGUUAAAAUAGGUCCCCCCACGGAGCAUCUGCUCGGUGUGGUAAGGUGGCGAAGUUAGGCUAGGAAACUGGGGGCCCUCUGGGGGCCCGUCCUCCCCUCUGACCGUUGGCCAGGCGGGCGAGGGGACCGGAGCUGAUGGGGAGCAUAGGCCAAGGGCCGCCCUCCAGGGGUCACCCACCCCAAGGCCCCGUCCAGCUUGGGUGGCUUCCUUCACAAAGGGCGAACCAGGCGCCUGGCUCUGGCGCUCUCCGCAGGGCUUGACUCUCUUCUGCAGAUCCUCUCCCGAUUACGGGAAGCUUUCUUCUGCUCCCGGCCAUGUUGUGCAGAGAGAGAGAGAGAGAGAUCAGGAAGGAGGCCCCCACCUGCCAGGGGGGUGUGUGUGCAUUAUUUCCUCCCAGUUUCAUGGCUGCCUGUUCCGAAAUGAGCUCACACACCCAUCAGAAUACCCCACGGCUGCCAGAAGGCGGGACAGGCGAGCGGGCACUGGCCGGGUCCUUGAUGGGAGCCUGUGGGCUUGGCGCCUGCCCCUCUUCUGCUCCGGGCUUCUCCAGGAUUCAGAGGUUGCCCUGCCUCGUGGUGUGGCACCAGGCUGUUUCAGUGGUGCUUUCGAAAACGUGCCACAGCCUUGUGUGUGUGUAGGGGGUGGGAUUCGUCUCUGUGUGUGUGUUUCUGUGUUUAGGCAGAAGAACAUCAUCUCCUCUGUGGGCUCCCGACAGAUUAUCGCCACCGCUGUGCUUAAUCGUUGCUAUUAGCCCCGGCUGAUGCAAGCAGCCGCCCAUUGGGCCCCGUCAAGAGCUGUCAGUGUGGGCUUGAGAAGCAAUUACAGGAAGGGCCACUCUCCGCGUGCCUGCUCCGCCAUCUCUCCUGGGCCCUGCGAGUGCUCCUAGUGCCGCCGCCCACACCCCACCGUGCACAUCCCCAGGCGGUGCCCCCUGUUCUCCUCCCAUUCACCGUUGGAGAGGAACUGUUUGAGUGUUAGGUUUGAGUUGAAGAGCAAAAUAAAAUCUCUUUUCCCCUUCUCUUUUGGCAAUCAACCCGCCUUUUUAUUUUAGAGGCAUCGCUGUUGAGCUGAUGACUUGAGCCGGUCCUCUCCUGAGCGAGCCCAGAAAGAGCCGCCCGCCCGCAGAGUUUUGCAUUAAGCGACGGUGGCGUCUCCGCUCCCCUCCUGCCCAAAGGCUCGGCUGAGAGGGGCUCUGGAUCAGCCCUCCCGGCCUGAAAAGUUUUGCUCUGCAGUCAGAAGACAGCUUUGCAAAUUCGGGCCACCCUGGCAUUCCCAGGAGGCUGGCUUGGGGUCCCUUCAGGGAUGGGGGUGUGUGUGUCUCCCCGAUCUAACACAACAGGCAACUCCGGCAGCUGCAGCUCCUUGCAGGUCAAAGGAGGGAGGGGGUGCAGGGGAUGCCCCCGUCCUUACAGCCAGAAGAGGUUCCGGGCCCCAGGCACCUCCAGGGGACUCAGCCGGUUCUUUGAAGGCAAGCCAUGCCCGGCUGCCCCAAGCCCGUUCUGGGCCCCGAAGUGGUCUUUCCUCCAAGCCAGCAGUGGCCUUCCAGUUUUUAAGCCAGGGGCAGCUUGUAAACCUGCCCAAAUGGGAAGGACCGACCACGGGCUCUCAGGGGGCUGCCGGCCCUCGGCACGGACGGAUGGACGGGGCAAGGUUUGGAAGAGAUUGAUGAAAACACUUAGGUGGAAGCAAGGAAGCCCCCGGGAAAAGCUGAUUCAGGCUUGGGGGGGCUCAUCAACCCUUUGUAGGGGCUGCCCCCCAUGUGCUCCAGAACUGUGGCCACUAUUGUGGCCUGGGAAGCUGCCGGAGGGUUCCCAGGGACCAGCCGGACGAGGAAGGAGGUCGGCAGAAGCCAGGAAGCGGGCUUUAAGGCAAAUGGCCUCACCGGAAGAGCGGCCGCUGAGCGUGGGGCCCCGAGCCAGGCUGCGAGCGAGCCGUUCCUUCCUCAGUUUCACCAAGGGGCCUGCAGUCAGUCGACGCUUCGGUUGUCCCCAUUGGUACGUCUAAUGAGAGCUGUCGGGACUCACCUACGGAGAGGAAGGGAAAUUGAAUUCAGAGCAGAGCAUCCGGCUGGCCUGUUGCUUCAAUGGGGCUCCCGUUUCUGCAGCCGGUGCAAAAUUUUACUCUGCAGGUUGCUGAUGCUCCUGGCGACCUUGCUUUUUGCCUUCCCGACUUUUCCUGUGGCUUCUCCUGUCUCUUUUUAACCCUCCCUUACAUCACAAAAUCUGUUGAAGAGGGGAGAGCCUUUGGGUCAGGAUGGAUUUGUUUGAAAUCCCGAUUUGAAUUAUAAAAAUUCGGAACUUGACCAUUGAGAUCUGUGAAAACAUCUUUUUUUUUUUAAUCAUGAUAUAAGUCAAUUUGAUUGUUAUCAAAUUGUGGGUUUUUGUUUCCCCCACCCCUUUGGUUGAUAGAAUUUGGCCCGCUUUGCGUGUGCCACCGAGGCCACAAGCCAGCCCCAGCAAGAGAGUCCAGCUGCCAUUUCGCCUUGUAAACGGGUUCGGUGAAAAGCCGAGCGGGUUUUCUCGCUCGUUCUGUGCUCCCUCUUCUGUUUUCCGAAGGAGCCUAUGUACCAGGCGGGAAUCCCCAAAGGGCGCCGGAUUGCCCAGCUGGCCGGGAAAUCAGGUAGCUGGGCUGGCGAUGGCGAUGGCCUUUGCCCACAGGAGAGCGGUCGUCGGCCAUGUUUGCCAAGAUGUUUUUUUCCUCCCAUGUGUGGGUUUUGGGGUUGUGUGUCGUGCCCAUUGUGUUAGGGGUUAAUCCAGCGUGCCGUGGCUGAACCACUCGUUAACCAAACUAGAGUAUAGCUUGGAACUGGUGGGCAACUCGGUUUGCGUCUCUGCUUGCAGGGCCCAGAGGUUGGGAGUUCAAUUCCUGCAUGGGGCCUCCUUGACAGGCUGGACUAGAUAGUCCUUAGGGGUCCCUUCCAGGUCUGCCUUUCCAAGAAGACUCUUAUUACUUAUUAAUGGGAUGAUUGAUCAUUCAUCUCUGUCUCUCUCUCUGCCACCAGAAGGACUGUCAGAUCGAAGCAGCAAGAAGCAGGCAGCGCCUGGCCUUGCCGGCCUUGCGCUCUUUUAAAGUCUAAAGGAGGGGAGGGAAAGCACUAAAAGAAAAAAAGCAGCAGGGAGGGAAGAGGAAAAACACAGGGAACACCAGACGCGGGUUCUGGGUGCUCCAAGGCUCCUCCUCCACCAGGCGGCCGGCCGGCUUUUCAAGAGCGGGGUGCCCGCGGCCCUGGUUCCCUCUUCUGCCAAGUCAUUUGCAUAAAUUUUGGGGACUGGGGGCAGGGAAUCCCAGCUGGGUGUGGCCCCUUUGCUCCUGGCAGGGUGGGAGGGUUUUUUUCCUGUCUUGCCUUAAAGUACGUUUGUGUUCCUUUAAGGGAUUUUGAGGGGGGAGGCAGUGCACCCUAAGUUGCACCCCGGUCUGCCAGCCGGGCCUCCCCUGCUCAGAUCUGUGGACUGUGACCGGGUGUCCAGUGGCAUUGUGGUGGUGGUGGUGGGGUGUUUCUCGUGGGCGGCAGGCACGCGGACCCCUGUUUUGAACCCAGCUCAGCACGGAGCAUUCUGGAAAGGGUUCGAGAACGCCCGGCUCCAGAGCCUUCGGUGACCCAUCCGCUCUGCCGCGUGUGUGUGCGUGCCUGCCUGCAGAGGAGGAGAGGAGAUGCAUCCGCAGGGGAAGGGGGAGAACCCGCCAGCAAGAGCGCUGAAUCACUCGGCAU